AAUGAACCUAUUAAAUUUAGUUCCAGCAAAGCUCAUUCUUACAGUUCAUUUGACACAUUUCUAGUGAAACAGAAAAGAUCAAGUCCCUGGUACCAGCCUCUCAUCAUCACUUUCAGUGUUGCAAUAUUCCUCAUUUAUUUUGGCUUUCUUAGGGAAGAAAAUGACUGGGAUGAAGAUCUGAAAUUAUCUUUGUAUGACAGGAUACCAGGGUUAAAAGAAAAAGAUGAGAUAGCUAGGAAAAACUUUUAUAAAAAAUAA